CGGGAGCUUCGCAGCGGAGUGGUAGCCCGUCUCCUCUACAGGCUUUGACGGCGAGAGUCUCUAAACAGGGGCGGUCGAAAGGUCCAGCGCCCGGUUGUUUGGGACAUAGGAGCACCGCAGUGGUUGGUGGUGUCUCGCUGUCACUGUCGCCUGUAUUUUUGUCCUUUUUUCUCCAGCAUUUGGUUCGGGGAAAUAUCUGGAGGAAAAGACGUUUUUUUCUCCUAUCCAAGUUUUGUGCUGUGGCGCCUUACAUCAUCCGGACGUUUUCUGAAUAUAGAUGCCGAGCUCACGUUCGGCUGCCUGCUGCGUCUGUUGAAUACCGUUGGUGUUUUGAGACAGAGACCGGGAAUCUUUUUUCUUUUUCAUAAAGUUAGUGUGUGCGCAGCGAGCGAGUGAGCGUCCAUCAUGGAGUGCGCUCACAUGAGCAGCGUUGAGGAGGUUUAUAACUAUUUUAGUGUCAACGAGAGCACGGGACUUUCCCUGGACCAGGUGAAACGGCAGAGGGAGAAGUAUGGACCGAACGAGCUGCCCGCUGAGGAAGGUAAAUCCCUAUGGGAGCUGGUCAUUGAGCAGUUUGAAGACCUGCUGGUCAGAAUCCUCCUCCUGGCCGCCUGCAUCUCCUUUGUGCUGGCGUGGUUCGAGGAAGGAGAGGAGACCAUCACCGCCUUCGUGGAGCCCUUUGUCAUCCUCCUCAUCCUCAUCGCCAACGCCGUCGUGGGAGUCUGGCAGGAGCGUAAUGCUGAGGAUGCCAUCGAGGCGCUGAAGGAGUACGAGCCGGAGAUGGGCAAGGUGUACCGGCAGGACAGGAAGAGCGUCCAGCGCAUCAAGGCCAAGGAGAUGGUGCCAGGAGACAUCGUGGAGGUGGCCGGUCAGUACACACACACACACACACACACACACAUAGGACUGGGUACCGAAAUUCGGUUCCUUAAUGGAAUUGAAUGAAAGGCUAAGGUUCUA